GCAAAGCCGUGGUGGGUACCUAACACGGCCGCUCGGUGAACAUGCGGCCCAUCACAGCAUGAACCGCCGACCAAGACCGCCACCCCGCGCGGGGAAGGCUUAAAACAUCCAUUUACUUGCUUUGGCGGCUUCGGUCAUCUCGGCAACGUUGCUCACGGACGUCGGGUGAAUGUGACUCUCAGGUACACGAUGAUCGAGUUUCUCCGCUUGUCAGCAUGAUAUUACCCCGAACCCAUGUAACCUCACGCCGAUCUGAGUAUGCUUGAGGAAGCAACGCCGUUGGCAAGGAUGGUGUAUUUCGACGUCAAACGGCAUACGUCCUGCGGUAUGCUUGUUCAAAAGGCAGAUGUCGACCGGAUGUCCUGAGGUACGGCUCGACUUUCUCCCAUAAUGGCACUUUUUACCAAGUGCGCCACGGUCCUGGUAGGGCUCCUGACGCUGUCAGACAUCACUAUGUCCGAGUCACUUGCAACUAUGCGACCACGCGCAGAAGCUGCGGGACGUGAGCGAGUCAGUCUUAAUGACCGAUGGCGCUUCCAACGCUUCGUCGACAACCCAGAUGGUCUCUCUUACGAUAUACUGAAGCCCUGGAUCCUUCCUGCAGCGAACGACUACCUGAGCGGAACGAGGUAUGAUCGACCAUCAGAACCAGGACCAGGGAGCAACGUUACCUUUGUGCAGCCCGGCUUCGACGAUGCUGCCUGGGAGGCAGUCAAUCUCCCGCACGACUGGGCAGCCAGUGGAGAAUUCGACUUCUCUGAGGAUGUAUCAGGCGGUACAGGGCGUCUGCCCUUCACCGGCAUUGGCUGGUAUCGCAAAUCGCUAUCGAUCGAUGCGAGAGUCGUAGACUCUGGCAAGUCGAUUUUCUUGGACGUCGAUGGAGCCAUGGCGUAUGCUACUGCGUGGCUGAACGGACAACUCGUAGGAGGCUGGCCUUAUCCCUAUAACUCAUUCCGCCUUGAUCUCACACCUUAUGCAAAAGCCGGUGACAAUGUUUUGGCGAUCAGAGUCGACAAUGCACCGGAGAGCGCAAGGUGGUAUCCCGGAGCGGGUCUGUAUAGGAGCUUAAAUCUGGUCACCGCCGACCCUGUGCACGUUGGCUACCAUGGCAGCUACAUCACUACUCCUACUGUCUCUGCAGAGCAAGCUUCAGUCAGUUUGAGGAUUGAAGUAGAGAACAAGGGCAACCUCACCCAGACUGUGCAAGUCACUUCUGAGAUUUUCGAGCUUGACUCGAAAUCGAGGAAAGCAUCUGGCGAUGCAGUAGCAAAGAUUGCCGCAUCGACAGCCACGGUAUCUGGAGGAUCAAAGUACUCUGUGAAUGGCUCGACUACGAUUACCAAUCCCAAGCUGUGGGGACCAGCACCAAAGCAGACGCCAAACGAGUACAUCGCAAUGACGACGAUUUCGAGCAACGGAACUGUUUUGGACACCUACGAGACUCCCUUCGGAAUCCGUACUGUCGAAUAUGAUCCGAAUCAGGGGAUCCUCAUCAACGGCGAACACGUGCCCGUCUAUGGGUCUUGCAAUCACCACGACCUCGGAUCUCUUGGGUCGGCUUUCAAUUACCGGGCAGCGGAACGCCAAAUUGAAAUACUGCAAGAAAUGGGCAACAACGCUCUCAGGACCUCCCACAACCCACCUGCGCCAGAGUGGCUGGAGAUUGCCGAUCGACUGGGACUCAUGGUCAUGGACGAGAUCUUCGAUACAUGGAACUAUGCUAAGGUUGAGAACGACUUCCACCUUCUCUUUCCAGAAUGGUCAGAAGCUGAUCUGCGCACGUUUAUUCGCCGCGACCGCAAUCAUCCCUCCAUCAUCUCCUGGAGCAUUGGCAAUGAGCUUCCAGAGCAAUCCAACUCCACCGGAACCGCUACCGCCAAGAGGCUGCAAGACAUUGUGCACGAGGAAGAUCUCACCAGGCAUGUGACUGUCGGCAUGAACAACGCUGGUCCUAACACCGGUCUUGCUGCCGAGAUCGACAUCAUUGGCCUCAACUACCAGGGCGAGGGCAAGGGUAGCGCAAGCUCUGGCUCUUUCGCUGCCUUCCACAGCAAGUUCCCCAACAAGAUGAUCUGGAGCACGGAAUCCGCGUCAACAGUCAGCUCACGCGGUGUCUAUGUGUUCCCUGUCACAUCGAACAAGAGCGCCAUCGUCGGUGGAGGUCCUGGUGAGGGCGGUGACCCAAUCAACAGCCAUGUCAGCGCAUACGAGCUUUAUGCUCCAUCCUGGGCUGCUUCCCCAGACAAGGUCUUCGAGCAGCAAGAUCGCAACCCGUACGUCGCUGGCGAGUUCGUCUGGACCGGAUGGGACUACAUUGGGGAGCCUACGCCGUACGAUAACUCUAGUCGCAGCUCCUACUUCGGCAUCAUUGACCUUGCCGGUUUCAAGAAAGACCGUUUCUAUCUCUACCAGUCCCGCUGGCGCCCGGACUUUCCGCACGUCCACAUCCUCCCGCAUUGGACUUGGCCCGACCGCGAAGGCCAAGUGACGCCCGUCCACGUCUUCACCUCCGGAGAUGAGGCCGAGCUCUUCAUCAACGGCAAAUCAGCCGGUCGUCAAAAGCGCGGACAGUACGAUUACCGCCUGCGCUGGGACAACGUGACCUACACGCCCGGCGAGAUCAGCGUCAAAGCGUGGAAGAAUGGCGAAGAGUGGGCAACCUCUUCGCACCGAACUGUUGGCGCCGCGGCAGCGCUGAACGUGACUGCUGAUCGCACGACCAUCCACGGGGACGGGAAGGAUCUCUCGUUCGUCUCGGUCGCUGUGGUUGACGAGAAAGGCGACACUGUUCCCCAGGCCGACAACGAGAUAACGUUCUCGAUCGCGUCUGGGCCCGGUGAAAUUGUGACAACCGAUAAUGGCGAUCCCACAGACCCCACGGCCUUUCCUUCCAAGACACGCAAGGCGUUCAAUGGUCUCGCUCUCGCCAUCAUCAGAGCUGAGGCUGGCUCGACUGGCGAGAUCGUAGUUGAGGCCAAAGCAGACGGCGUUAGUGCCGGGAAGGUGACUAUCACGGCUUCAUAAGCCUCACAAUCGCAUAGGCUGAUGCGCAUGCUCCGCAACUCAUGUUCAUUGUUUCUUUGCUGCCGGGACGUCAUACAAUUGUAGACCAUAGUAGUGCCAUGAGUCCGAAGCCAUCCUAUUCCACAACUUAGCUUCGCAAAGCAUACAUAACCCCUGCAGAUCGUCUGUGCAGUGGUGUACACAUUGUGCGCAGCGAAUCGUGAGGUGAAAAUCGAGAGAUAGACGUCUCCCACAGGCUUCUGGAGUAGAAAGAGCAACACGUAGGAUCGCAGUUUGGCAGGUUUAGAAGCGGAGCAGACAGAUUUGUUUUCCGUGUCUUCAACAAGAGAUGAUCAAGAAAGAGAAAAGUUUCCCAUCAUGUGACAUCCGGCAGAACCCGCACACACGUCUUCGCGAUAUGCUUGCUUCCGAGGCAGAAGGACC